AACCAAGCGAAGGCCACCUGACAAGGAUCUCUGUAGCGUAAUCACUUGAAUGUGACUGUGGCAAUGGAGAAGUUCAUCCUUGUGUUCCUCUCGGUUCUUGUGUCGUAUGUCGCAGCACAACGCCCCAACAUUGUUUUCAUAGUUGCAGAUGAUUUAGGAUGGUACGAUGUUGGUUUCCGAAACCCAACCAUGAAGACUCCUAACAUCGACAAACUGGCAACAGAGGGGAUCAUCUUCGAGAGCGCUUAUGUCCAGCCUUAUUGCACCCCGUCUCGCACGGCCUUCAUGAGUGGAAUGUUUCCAUUCAAAGUCGGCAUGCAGCACAAGGUUCUGGAUGAUAAUCAGGCUGCAUGUGUGCCUCUCAACUACACCUUCCUGCCACAAGAAUUGAAGAAACUUGGCUACGCUACACAUAUGGUCGGCAAAUGGCACCUGGGUUUCAGUAAAUGGGAGUGCACACCAACGUACAGAGGAUUCGAUACGUUUUUCGGUUACUACAGUGCACAAGAGGGCUACUACAAUCAUACAGUUGGUGCCUAUUUAGACUUCCGAGAUAACAAACUUCCUGCGUGGCAUUACAAGGGAGAGUAUUCAGCUUAUACAUUCACCAAGAAAGCUAUUGACAUCAUCAACGAACACAACGUGUCCCAGCCUCUGUUUAUGUACCUGCCCUAUCAGAAUGUGCAUGCUCCGAUUGAGGUUCCUGAGAAGUACUACAACAUGUAUCCUAAUGUGAUGAACGAAGGCCGCAGGACAUAUUCAGGGAUGGUUUCUGCCCUCGACGAAGCAGUUGGAAACGUUACACAGGCACUUAAAGAGAAGGGGUUGUUUGAAAACACACUCAUUCUGUUUACAGCUGAUAAUGGCGGUCCUAUCAUUAGUUAUGCUUGCAUCUGGCCUCUGAGAGGAGGGAAGCACUCAAUCUGGGAGGGGGGCACCAGAGGGGCAUCCUUCAUGUACGGUGCUGGACUAAAGAAAACAAAGACAACUUACAAUGGAAUGAUGCAUGCUGUAGACUGGAAGCCUACCUUAGUGACAGCAGCAGGUGGAACACCCGAGACAUCAAUCGAUGGUAUAAGCCACUGGGAAUCCAUCAGGAAUGGCCUUCCGUCGUCAAGGACCGAGUUCAUAUACAACCUUGACGACUUCGAACCUGCAGUGGAGGGCCAUGCUGGAAUACGGGUUGGAGACUACAAGCUAAUAAUGGGCUACCCAGGUGGACCUGAUGGUUGGCACAAGCCUAUGAACGGGACAGAAAGGGAAUUCUAUGAGACCAUUGUAUAUUUUAAAGGCGAUAGUCCAGUGCAGCUCUACAAUAUACUUGAGGAUCCUACUGAGCAUAACGACCUGGCAGCACAGAUGCCGGACAUUGUUGACAAACUAAGAGCCCGGCUAGAGGACUACCGGAAGCAGAUGGUACCCGCCCUCUACCCUCCUCCUGAUCCUGCAUCUAACCCUAAAAACUUCGGAAACGUCUGGAGCCCCGGAUGGUGUUGACCUUUAGAUUAACUUGUGUCAAAUAAUAUUUAUUUCCACUGAAAUAGAGUGGCCUGGUAAAAUACUGCCUGAAUGAAGUUAGUAUCGCUGAAAUACUAGGUGACAGUGCUAUGAAUUUAUUUGUGUUUGUCUCAUAUGAGAAAUAAAUAAGAGUUUGCUUUGAGUCUCCAUGUUAUAUUAUGCUAUCCUUGGGCUGAUCGCCAUUCACUAAAUUAAAAUAUGACGCUUAAA